GGUUCUGCUGUUUCUGCAGCAGCUCGAUUGUGAUAAUAUCGCACCCCAAGCCCCCACCAUCAACGGCGCCUCCAGCAGUCUCUACAAAAUCUCCCAAGCGCCGUCCACCCAAAGGGUCCUUUCUCCGUUUCCUCGAUAGUUGUCCUGCUACAGUAUACGUGCCAUGCUCAAGACAUUGCCUGCGAAUCGUUGCUAGACUGCCUCUGAACCACCGAAACCCUCGCUUCUGAGCGUGUGCGCACCACAGCCGUGAUCAUGCAGGCCAUGAUGACACCCAUUACCCCCCUAGAGCCGGGCGUGGAGAUGUUUGAGAGGGGGAAGACACAAUCCUUCUUUUCUUCAACUCUUGCGAUCCGCUCAUCGUUGGAGCGCCCGCUUUCGCAUGUCAGCGUUGCAUAUACCGACAUUGAAGAUAUCGAAGAUGAUUCAAGUGAAUUCGAAGAAUACAGUGGCUCUUCCAGCGACAAUAGGCGCAGCCAGACGACCAUAUCAACAUUCGAGGAGGUCCGAACCCCAGGCGAUGAGCUACGGCCACAAUUUGCAAACUGGUACAUGUCCAAGUCGGUCGAAGGCCCCAAAGGCCCACAUCUGUUUCGCGCUUCACAGUGUUCCAACGACUUCCAAUACGACUACGCUCUACAAAUGUCGCCUCUUCUGCCGAAAGAACCCCCGUCCCGACUUCACACCUCGUUCAGAGAAGCCACCCCAGAAACCGUGGUCCCCCAAAGAGAAUACAACAACAUCGCCUUGGCGGUAGCCCACCUCGACAAUGCUGAAGUGCGUGCCUGGACUUCCCGCGACGUUGCCACAUGGAUGUACCAGAACGGCUUUGAGGAUGAAGUCAUUGACAAGUUCGUCGAUCAUGAUAUCACUGGAGCCGUUCUUCUUGAUCUCCAGUUCGACGACUUGAAAGAGCUGGAAAUCCAAUCCUUUGGCAAACGGCAUCAACUGUGGAAUCAGAUUGAUUCGUUGCGCACGGCUGAGGGCCUCAUGUCUCCAGUCGCUCCUGCAGCCAUCCCAACACCUUUUGAAGACAUCGAACGCCCUUGUACAGAGGCAAUGGAUAGGUCGAAGAGCAAGAACCGGAAAGGAGGUCGACGGGACAAGUCCCGAGGUCGCAACUUGAUUGAUGAUAUUAUCACUCCCGCACAAUCCGUCUCAAUCGUGGCUAUCGAGCAGUUGCUGCCAAAACCGCACACUUGCGCUAAAGGAGAGCGAUGUGCCAAGUGGAAGAAGCAGCAACGUCAGCUCGCCAGACUUCAGCAAGAGCAUGGAUUUCCAAUUUCUCCUGAGAAAGGUGGCCACAUCUUCAUGGCUGGGGAUCCGGGCAACGCACAAACAGCAAAUCGUGCCGUCGAGAACGUCCAUCGUCCCACAUCAGAGGGUGCCCCUUCUCUCGUGGGGCCGUCCGUCGUAGCCUCAUCUGAUGUGAUGGGACCUGGCCAGCUUCCCGACUUCACCAUGCAAGAGCUACGAAAGCUGGAGAAACGCGAUCCACAAGAUAACGUGCGCCAAUUCCUUUCUCUCCAGGGUAUGGACCAACCGUACGCCAGUGCCACGCCUAUUGAAGCUCCUCCAACACCGCCAAUGGAACUGUUCCCACCUCGUCCCUUUUUGGUGAUCCCACAGCAACAGCACUACCCAGAGGUUUCAGCUUUCUCCGCAUCAACAUCAGCAAAUACGAUGAGGACAUUUGAUAUCCCAACCCCCGUCCUGCAUGCCCCGGAAUACGUACCCGUCCCGCAUACCAAUCUCAAGAGCCUCCCAAAGCUCACUAUCCCCACAGCACGUUCAAUGUCUGCCCAGCCUUAUGGUAACCCACGCAACGCCGUCCCAGUGAACCAGUUCGUUGCACCCGACACCACCUUUUCGCCAUGUAGGACAGCUGUGGAGUCUCCGGGUGCCGUUUACCGAUUCGGCACACCUUUCUCCGAAAUGGACGUUCCCGUUACAUCUGUACCACUGGAGCCACUCAGCCGCGACACAAGCCAGUCUGUGCCCCCGAACAUGCAGUACAAGAUACAGGUCCAGAGAUCUGGUUCGCGCACUGAAUGGCGCCGCCCCUCCUUGCCCAUGCCGGCGCUAAACGAGGACCGCGUGUUCAGCCCAACGGCCCACUCAGACGACGCCACCCUACAUGAUCGUGAAACACAGUUCUUCGACACGAACAGUGCUGACUCGUCGCCGACAAAGGUGUCCAGGUCUUUUGACAGCGAAGCUGCUGAUACUGUCGCUCCUCUGCCCAAGGGAGGCUUCACCUACAAGGGUGUGAACCACCACGGCUGGAUGAAGAAGCGCCACACCCGCCUUUUGCGUCACGAAUGGCAAGACCACCACUUUCGUCUCAACGGCACCAUGCUAGCAAUGCAUCCCAAUGAGCUUCCUUCUUCGUCCGCAUUGCAGACGAUCGACGUAGACGACUACGCUGUGGCUUGCUCGUCUCUCGCCUCCAGCAAGCUCUCCGCUAGACUUAAGGCUCUGAAGCUCUCGUCGAGCCACUACAAGGAGAAGGAUGUUACUGCACAACCUGCCUUUGAGUUCCAACUCGUGCCUACAGCACCCGGCAAGGGUGAAGUCAGAAGGGUCAUGCCCCAUGGCAAGGCUCAUCACUUCGCUACCAACACUCAAGACAAUAGAAUUGAUUGGAUGAGGGAGCUUAUGCUGGCCAAGGCUCUCAAGGCUAGGAGCGACGGUUACGAGGUCAAUGUCAACGGUGCUGACAUGUGAACGUUUUCCUUACUUUUGUCAUUUGUUUUUCUUCGCGAUUCACCAAGCGAGCGAGCCGGCGUUCUGAUUAUUUGCUACUUUUGCGUUGCUUUUCUUCGCCCUUUCCUACUACGCUCAUUGGAGUGCCUGAUCAUGACCGCUAUUAUACCCUUCGCGCCCUUUCUUUACUUAGUUUGCAUUUGCAUUUUAGCACAUCAUCUCUUCACUCCAUAGCAUUACUUUCACUACACUUAAAGACUUGGACGCUUAGCAAGACCGCAAGGUCGGGGAAUACAUGGACACACGUUUGUUGGGUAGUUAAUGGCAUGGAAUUGGAGCGUAGGCAUGGUUAUUUCCUUCCUCGUUUCACGGUUUGGGGCGGGCAUCUGAAUACCAAAAGUAGUUGUAGCGUUGGUUGAGGGAUGAGGUGAGAUGGAUAGGACGGCGAGGAGCUGGAAAGGGGAGUUAUAGGUACUACAAUGAAUGAAAUGAGAUUACACG